AUGAAAUCGAGGCAGCGUAAACAGUACCCCAGGAACAUGAAAAGAUCGGAUGACAGUGAGAGGGAAAAGAGGAGAAAGAGGCGGAGGCUUCUACAGGAACUGGGAGAACAGAAGAUACCCUACCUUUCUCCUACAGACCCGGGAUUCCAGAAACUGUGGGACUCCAGUUAUUCGGGACUGGCUUUACGGCAGUCUGGUACCAUUGCAAGUGGUCUCCAUGAAAAGGUGCAGUCUGCUCUGAGAAUUUUUCAGCGUCGUGGUUGCCUUCUCAGAGAUCUUGUUCGCAUUCGAGACCGGGACAUCUUCACAGCCGUUUCACGUGUACUUGUGGGUCAGCCUGGCUACACUUAUCGUUAUCUGGACACACGUCUAUUUACCAUCCCCUGGCACCAUGAGGAGGGAGACAGUCAGAGAGAUGAGAACGAGAAACUUUGCUGUGACUCUGACAUGAGGGGUGCUUGCCAAGCAUUGUGGGAGCUUAAUCAGUUCUUUUUGACAGAUGUUCAACAGCAGACAAAUCUGAGAGGUGUCAAACGUUCUUGCAGUGACACUGAAAACAGUGAAGACACUCCCGGGGAGGGGACAUGUGAAGAGAGUGUUAAGGACAGGGUGCAUGAGAAGACAAAGGAGAAAGAGGAGAGGACAGAUGAGGAGGUGGAGGAAGAAGACAGUGGUCAGGGCUGCUCACAUUCCUCACCUCCUCCCUACUCUCCACCACCUGCUGUGGCUGGCCCGGUCCACUUUAAUGUAACUCUCAUCAACUAUAUGGACCCCAUAGCCAUGACCCAACUGAAAGAAGAGCCAUAUUAUGGCAUGGGCAAAAUGGCAGUGGGUUGGCAUCAUGAUGAGAACCUGGUGCCUCUCUCACCAGUUGCUGUCUACAGCUAUAUCUGCCCAGCAGAGCCAAAGAAUGAAGGAAUGACUGCAAAAGAUGGGGAGGGACAGAGUAAAGAAAAAGAGACAAGUGGUGAAGAAACAAAGAAAGGUGAAGGAGAGAACGAAAAAGGUGAAGAUUUGAAGAAAGAAGAAGUGGGAAAAGAGAAGACAUGUUGGCGUGUUGGACUGAAGGUAGCCUGGGACAUCCACACACCAGGCCUGGCCCUGCCUCUUCAAUCUGGAGACUGCUACUAUAUGACAGAUGAUUUGAAUCGAACACAUCAGCACUGUGUUCUGGCUGGUGACACUGCUAGAUUCAGCUCCACACACAGAGUUGUACAGUGUUGUACAGGUACGCUGGACUACAUACAGAAGCGUUGCUCGGAGGCCUUGGAGAAUUUACACACAGACCCUGAGAAUAACACCAAAAGCUUGUUUUCCCUCCUUCCCUCCACCCUGCAACACAUUGAGGACAUACACAACGAGGUGGAGUUUGAAUGGCUGAGACAGUAUUGGUUCCAGGGCCGACGUUACGCUCCAUUCUGCAGCUGGUGGACUAAACCCAUGGAACAACUGGAGGACGCAUGGAAGGAAAUGGAGCGAAUGACUCAGCUGCUGCUGGCUAUAGUGGAGGAUGAGAACACAGCACAGGAUAACAGAAGAGAGAUGGCAGACAUCUUACUGAAUACCCUGACAGACAGACAGCAACACAGACAGACAUGGAGAGACAGAUGCCGGUCCAGCCUGGCACAGACAUUACCCUCCGAAGAAGCACCUGUUGACCGACCCUUUUGGAGUAAUGAAGAUCCUGACAUGCCCCUACCCUUCGACCUCUCUGACAUCAUCAACCGUGUUGAGUCACUUCUUUGGAGGAUGUAACGAUGGUGUGAGUAAAAGAGAGAGAGAGAGAGACAGAGAGAUACAGAAUGUUAUGUGGUGAUCGAUAAGAUAUAAAUGCCAUGGUGGAGAGAUUACAGGUGACAAUAUAAACAGUACAACACACCUGGUCAGUUUCUCCUUACCUGGCCUGUUCCACCUGACUGAAGACCAACAUUCACCUUCACACACAACAUUGAGGUCUAAUGGACGGAUGGAUACUUGGAUAAGGGGAAUAAUACAGGGGGACUUCUGGAUGGGACUUUUUUUUUUCCUGUUUCCAUCAGUAUUGUUUGCUAUCGCUUUCACAAAGUCUGUAGUGUUACAAUGACCUUGCAUGGACACAUAUCACUUGCAGCAUACAAUAACUAUCCAUCAAUAUAUGUAUAUAUCCAUAAAUGUAUGUAUGUUUUACUUCAGUUCUCCAUAUAUCCUUUGAAGCUUUUUUUGGACAGGCAUCCUAUAGAUGUAUACAGUAUACACAAUUCACUUCUCCUUUGUGUGUGUGUGUGUGUGUGUGUGUGUGUGUGUGUGUGUGUGUGUGUGUGUGUGUGUGUCUGCGUGCCAUCUUUUGAGGAGAAAAAUAGGAUAUAAUCCCAGUUAAAAAGGAUAUGAUAUUAUGGGGUGAGAUUUAUGACAUCAUUAACAGGGGUCAUAUGUGUGCAGUUGCCCUUUUCCUGGCGUAUUGUCUGAGGAUUUAGUGUGUAUGAAUAUGCCCAAGUGUGUUUAAGUGUUUUCUUGCAUGCGUCUGUUGAAGAAGGUAAGGUAUGAAUAUGAGGGUGCGUGUGUGCGUGCGUGCUUCCGUGCGUGCGUGCGUGCGUGCGUGCUUGCGUGCUUUCGUGUGUGCUUGCGUGUGCGCGCAUCAGAUGUUUCUCACCAAAGCUGAGUAGUUUUGAUAUGCAGCUCUUGCUGAACUCUUCAAGAGAACUUACACCCCUUGCAUUGCAUAAUUUUCACAGCUCAUUGGCUCCUAACCAUUUAAUAGCACCUGCCUACGUAUAUCUGAAUGCUGAGUGCACUUGACCAUAUUUAAAUGAAUGAAGGAUGAAGAAAAGCACACUUAUCGUCCUCUAAAUGAAUGAAAAGAAUUGAAUGUCGAUGCCAAGCAGCUUUCUUUUUCUUUUUAGGUUUUUAUAUGUCAUUAGUGUUUAUGUAGAAGAUCCAUAUGAUACUAUUCGAUGAAGAUGCUUAAAUGUAUCUUAUACUUUAGAAGUUUUGGUUGCCAAACAUUGUGUUUUUGCUGAGCAAAUGCUGUGAGGUUGGUUUAUAAUCUUUCUUUCAUUGUGUUUUUCCGUAUACUUACUCCUGAAGGCCACAGGCCCUAAUGCUUUUCUAAAAUCAUUGUGUGUGCAAAGCAUUAGUUAUAAUAGAAAUAAAAAGCAAUGCUGUUUUAU